GUCACAAGAGCUCGUCUUCUCCGCCUCUUAAAACCUGACCGUUUUGCUUUCCCUCCCAUGGCCUCCGCAACAGCUCCUCAGGCUUUAUACUCUCUCCUACGCAGAGGCCAAAACGGCGGUCACCUACGAGAAGAACGCCCAAAAAUAGAAAAAGCAAGAAGUACACGAAGCACCAGAAACCAUAAUAAUGGUUUGCGCGUCUUCGCAUCACAAGGCCCACGCAAACGCCAAAGACCGCCACCGGGAGAGGUCAAUCCAAGACUCCAUUCCGGUACUGGCGAUGAAGGUUGGAUCGGAGGAAGCACUCGCUCCGGCCAGUCAACACAACAAAAGUUCAAUGAACAAGACGAGCAGAAUGUCAUGGGCGACAAGUUUGCUGAUUUGCUUAACGACCAAUCUGAUUCCCAUUACCAGUUCUUAGGAGUACGAGUGGACGCAGAUAUGGAAGAGAUAAAGGGCGCAUACCGGAGACUAUCGAAAGAGUACCAUCCAGACACAACCUCUCUGCCCCUAAAAGCUGCUUCGGAGAAGUUUAUGAAGCUGAGAGAAGUGUACGACGUGUUGAGCAACGAAGAAACCCGUAGGUUCUACGAUUGGACGCUGGCUCAGGAGGCUGCAAGCCGCCAAGCUGAGAAGAUGAGGGUGAAGAUGGAGGAUCCCUACGAGCAGGAGGUGAGGAACUAUACGCCGAUGCCGGAGCCGGUUGAUCGGUUUGUGGGAACCAACAUGGAGCUAAGUGAUCAAGCAGUCACAGCCCUCAGCUUUGAUUUGUUCGUUCUUCUUUUUGCCAUUUGUAUCUUCAUUUAUGUGCUUCUCUUCAAAGCACCAUACUACUAAACUAAACUCGUAAUAUAUUACUCAAAAAUUGCUUAUA